AUGACUACUCCUAGUAAUCUCUCUUUGCUAAUCUUACUAUUUUCCUCGCUCCUUCACUUAUCUUCGCCAUCUCUAACGAGACCGACUCUUGAUUCGGUCUCCCCAUCGUCGUUGUUGUCGUUGUUAUCGUCGUCUAUUCAAAGCUUCAUAAAUGUGAAAAAUUUUGGUGCAAAAAAUGAUGGUAAGACGGAUGCAACACAAGCAUUUCUUAGUGCAUGGAAUGUUGCAUGUACCUCGGCGGUACCAUCAAUAUUGUACGUACCUAAAGGAUACUAUCUAGUAAAACCGUUGAUUUUUGAGGGAAGUUGUAAGAGUAAAAAUAUUGUGUUACAAAUUGAUGGAACCCUAGUUGCUCCUGAUGACUAUAUAGAAGUAGCCAAAUCUAAGAGUUGGAUUGUGUUUCAUAUGAUUGAUGGCCUACAAAUUAAGGGUGGUGUCCUUGAUGCUAAGGGUAAUCGUUUGUGGAAUUGUAAGGCCUCGAAUCAAGGAUGUCCCGAUGGGGCUAAGUCGUUGAGCUUUGACAACUCAAAGAAUAUAUUAGUUGAUGGUUUGACCUCAAUAAACAGCCAAAUGUUCCACAUUAGCAUUAACGCAUGCCAGAAAAUAAAGAUGACGAGGUUGACAAUUUUAGCUGAUGCUAAUAGUCCUAACACUGAUGGUAUACAUUUGGCACAAUCAGAUCAAAUUACAAUUAUCAAUUCUCUUAUUAAAACUGGUGAUGAUUGUAUAUCAAUCGGUCCAAAUAAUCAAAAUAUUUGGAUUCAAGACAUAUCUUGUGGACCGGGCCACGGUAUUAGCAUAGGGAGCCUUGGACGUGGAUCAGAUGAAGGUGUAGUAGUCCAAAAUGUGAUGGUGAAGUCCGUAACAUUUACGGGUACAGAUAAUGGGCUCAGAAUAAAGACUUUUUCAACUCCAGUAACUGGAACAGUCAGAGAUAUAUUUUUUAUUGGGGCCCAUAUGAAUAAUGUCCAAUACCCUAUUAUCAUCGAUCAGAGCUACUGUCCACAUAAUACUUGCCCUAAUGGCCAGGGAUCGAGAAUACAAAUAAGUAAUGUUAUGUACAAGGGCAUUUAUGGAACAUCGACUUCAGAAACAGCAUUGAUCUUCGAUUGUAGUCCCACGAAGCCUUGCAUGGAAUUAACAUUGCAAGAUGUUAAACUGUCUUACAAAUAUAAGAUUCCUCGAUGUGAAAGUGAAAAUGCCCAUGGAAAAGUUUUAGGGUUUAUGCAACCUUCUAAUUGUCUCAAUCAUCCUCAUCUUCUUUACUAA